CUCGGAAGGAAGGGCUUGUGCUUGCUUCAGGAAAUCAGACCUGCUUUUGAACUGGACUAUUUUGGCUCCCCUUGUAAGAACUCUGGUGGCUCUCUUGGCCCUGCAAGCUCCUCGACGUCACAGUACAUGGAAAAAUGCAAGCUUUACCAGACGUGAAAGCGCCGUGUGAGGCCCUUCCUUCCCCCAGCCUGGAGCCCUUCCCACAGAGCUCCAUCGUGGUCACCCUCGAGGACAUGGGGCUCUGGAUGAAGUUUCACCAGAUAGGAACUGAGAUGAUCAUCACCAAAUCUGGCAGACGAAUGUUUCCUCAAUGCAAAAUCAAAGUCUCUGGCUUAAUCCCAUAUGCCAAGUACCUCAUGCUGGUAGAUUUUGUGCCAAUGGAUAACUUCAGGUACAAGUGGAAUAAAGAUCAGUGGGAAGUUGCUGGAAAAGCAGAGCCACAGCUCCCUUGUCGCACCUAUGUCCACCCAGAUUCCCCAGCUCCUGGCAGCCACUGGAUGAAAGAACCUGUUUCCUUCCAAAAACUGAAGCUCACUAACAACACUCUGGAUCAACAUGGGCAUAUCAUCCUGCACUCCAUGCACCGUUACAAGCCACGCUUCCACAUCGUGCAGGCUGAUGACCUCUUCAGCGUCCGCUGGAGCAUCUUCCAGGUGUUCAGCUUCCCUGAGACUGUCUUCACCUCUGUCACUGCCUACCAGAACGAGCAGAUUACAAAGCUCAAGAUUGACAACAAUCCAUUUGCUAAAGGUUUCCGUGAACAUGGGAAGAACACUAGAAGGGAAGGCCGAGCCAAAUGCCAGAAGCCCAGUCCAGCCAAGAGCCAGAAGAGGAAGCUGCCUGAGGAAAAGGAGCCUGCUGCUGAGGAACGUGAUUUUGAGAAGGAUGAGAAUGUAGACGUGAAGGAAGAGAGUAACCCUGUGGUGGUGAGCAGUGGCUAUCCCUUCUGGGGCUCGGAGCAGAGCAGCAGCCAGGCCUUCCCUGCGGCCUCGCCAGUGCCUGCUGAGCAGAGAGAGGCUCUGGCCAGAGAGCAGCAGGUGCCAACGCCGUCCUACCACACAUACCGGUUCCAUGAAGCUGGGGACAGCCAGCAGCUUCCCAGCCGUGACACCGCGACCUUGAACGAUUUCCGGGCAAGGUGCCACGCCUUGGAUCUUGCCAUGGUGCCCGAGCACGACUCCAAACAACUCCCAGAGGGCUUCACCAACCUGCCCCCACUGCCCCCACCUCUGCCUCCUCCCCAGGACUACACAGGAGUGGUGAACAUGGCUCUGGACUCUGUGGGGAAAGCCGGGGCCCGGGCGCCCGUGUACAGUCCCUAUGGCACCGAGCAGGGCCUGGGGCAGUGGGUGGUGCCUUCCCACAGCCAGUACAGGGCAAUGAGCUACUCGGCCUUCUCCACGGAGUACAACACACAGGGGACUCCAGGACAUGCCCACGGCACCGUGGCAGAGUGGAGCCAAUACCCUCUGUUCCCCUACGCCUGCUGGUGAAUGGGGAGGACCCUUCCCAGUGAAAAAACUGAAAGAAAAUUGUAAAUGAGAUUGAAUUUACUGUUGAACUUGUGAAGCUUUGCCUACACUGGGCAGAGGUAUUGCUGCAAGCAGUAGCAUGGGACACCUUCACUUCCUUGUCUCCUUGCACAAUCCUCACCAUAUUUCACAAGCAGUGGUUGAACUGGUGGCUGCCCAGCCAUGUCACUGUGCAUCAGGCUCAAUGUGUUCUGCAGUGUUUUUUUCCCAGCAGGAGUAGGAAACCACAGGUCUGCAAGAACAGUAUUUAAAGAGCUGCUGAACUCGCAGUCAGUGCUGGCACCUUGUAUUUGGCAGUUUCCAACAUCCCUUCCUCCUGGGACUUGGUGUAAGGAGAUAGGGGCUGAGGACUUCCAGUAAGCCAUCCACGUGGCCAAAAAGCUGUAGAAAAUAUUGCAAAGGCGAGCAAAGCAAGCAAUGCUGGUGAACUUUGAGCAGCUUCCUCAGUUAGUGUAGUCAAAGUAAAGCUAGAGCCUCGCCUUUCUUCCAGCAGCAGAUGAGAGUAAAAUGCACAGCAAGCAAGGUGUGUCUGGAGCACAGCAGGGGCAGAGCUGGCAGAGUCUGCAGGCAGGGGAGAGUUUGUUCUAUGCAGGAGAAGUAGCAGCAAGGCUGUGUGUGGUGUCUCCUGUCCCCAUGCCCAUCCCUCCUCUGCCAGCCCUAGAUUUGAGGUCAGUGAAAUGCUCUUCAUUCUGUGGAGGUGGAGGGACGUUCAUGGAACGUGGGGAGUUCCUCUGGGGCUUUCCAAGGUUGUCAGAAGCAGGGCCACGAACAGCAGUGCUCUGUAUCACUCCAGCCUCUUCCUUUAGAGAGAAAGGAAAUUUUCCACUGUGAACUUACUCUUCCCACUCCCUGCCACCCCUGGAGAAUAUCAUUUAUAGCUGUGGCUCCUGCACUGCUCUGUGAGUGUGUGAAGUUAUCUCACCUGUUUGGGAGUCUGCAGGGAUCUGCCCAUGUUUAGUAAUCAGAGUGGUUCCACCUCCCUCCUCUGUGGUCCCAUCCUGGGCAGGAGCAGCCUGGGCACUGCCAUGCAAGCAGGGAUUCAUUUCAUCUUCCUGUUAGAAGGGGGAGGCCUCCCUGUUUGCCCAAGUGCAGAUGGCCCUGGCACUGGGGACUUGGUGACACAGA